CAAUACAUCUAUUUUUAUUGAAACGGCGCCAUUGACCGUGGAACGCACCUUCUGUGGCAAAAAAUGUAUAUCACUUGUUGCACGCUGUUCAUAUUGGCAAGCGUUGAUCAUUCACUUGCUCGCUGCUCAGCUAGCCAGCUGACUAACGUUGUUGGCGUGUCGUCGUGACGCGGAAGUGGUACACUCUUUCAAUGGUCGGCGCGCUUGAAAUCAACACGAAAACGCUUAUGAAACUCGAAAGGGCGGCAACGUACACAUACAUACUUACUUGUUUAUGUUUUUAUUUUGAAAAUUUGGCAAAGUUUUUAUUACCGGCAAUUAAAACGAAUUUACUUACAUACUUACUUGUUUAUGUUUUUAUUUUGAAAAUUUGGCAAAGUUUUUAUUACCGGCAAUUAAAACGAAUUUUCGAGCGAAUUAUGAAAGGUGAAAAAUCGCUGAAUGUUUCGUAUACUUUUGGGUAAUUUCUGCAAUGCCAGUGCAUUUUAUGAUGUCUCUACGAUUUUUUCCCGCAUUUUUUUGGCGCUUCUUCUACUUUUGGAUCUGCAGCGCACAGACGCUUCACAUUGGAGCUAUCCCGACCGAGAUUUAGAUGAAGCCUUUCCAAGCUGGGGUGGCAUCUGUGAAACGGGCACCCGUCAAAGUCCCAUUAAUCUGAGCAUAACGAAAUCAUUGAAAGGUGUGUUUGACGAACUCAAACUUGACAACUUCCAAGAUAAACAGAGCGGUGUGACUAUCGUGAAUAACGGACAUUCCAUUCAACUGUCUAACUUUAACAAUGAAAUGGAGGUGGAAGGCGGGCCAUUAUUAGAUGAAUAUGUUGUCGAGCAGGUUCACUUGCAUUGGUGGUCCGAACACACCAUCAACAAUGUGCGUUAUCCACUCGAGGCGCACAUAGUGAGUCGCAACAAGCGUUAUGCCAAUAUAACCAUGGCGUCAAAUUUCAAGGAUGGUCUAACUGUUAUAGCGGUACUCUACCAUGUGUCGAAUGAGCGUAACGAAGCUAUCGACCAAAUAGUCGAUUACUUGGAUGAUGUGAAAGGUUUUGAUAAACUCAAUGAACCCGUGCGCAUGAAGAAGCCUUUUGUUGUACGACAACUCUUCCCUAAACUCAAUGGUUAUAUGACUUAUGCAGGCUCACUGACUACACCCUCUUGCGCUGAGGCGGUAACCUGGAUUGUGCUGAGCGAAACAUUCCCAGUCACUUUGGAGCAGGUUGACAAUUUCAAGGAGAUCCAGUAUGAGGAAAAGAGAACGUUGAAAAAUAACUAUCGUAAUUUGCAACAGGCUAAUAAUCGCCCAGUGAUAGUGGUGUUGCCGGAGGAGAAAAGUGUCUCAGACGCGGCUAGUCCGCUACAGCUCUCAUUAGGCACCCUCUACUUUAUGCUGAUCGCAGCGAAAUUACUGUAAAGCGCUGGUCCGUUUAGUUUAGUGUUGGUAAACGAUGGGAUUGAUAUUUGUGUACAAAUGCACAUAAAUUUGUGCGAUAUUUCUUACGAUUGGCCAUAAUUGUAACUGCAACAAAGUGACAAUGAACAAAAUAUUUUUGUUUAAUUUACUAUUAAUUACAUAGAAAUUGUUUGAAAUUUCAAAACUAACUAAUCUAGCUUAUAAAUGUUUAUAUAUGUAUCUUUGUUUACGCGUUAUUAUAUUUAAGUUCGGGUGGCAUCUCACUGUUACAUACAACUACUAUGUAUUGAUGUAUGUAUUUAUAUGUCUAUGUGUUAUUUAUGUGUGUAAAAUCUUUGUCCUAGUCAAAUAAAGGCAAUAUUGAUGUUGAUAAAA